AUGCAGUUCACCAUCGCCGCCAUCGCUGCCUUUGCCGCCUCUGCCUCUGCCAUGGCUCUUAACACCACUGCCCCUGCUGCCCCCGUCUACGUCACUGAGGUCGUUACCCACUUGACCACUUACUGCCCUGCCGCUACCGUUGUCACUGCUGGUUCCCACACCAUCACUGUCACCGCUGCCACCACUCUUACCAUUGAGGACUGCUCCUGCACUUUGACCCGCACAAGCACCCCUGCUGUCCCCACUGCUCCCGUUGCCACCGCUCCUGCUGUCACUGCCCCUUACAACAACGGCACUGUCGCCACCUCCACCAUCUCCGGCCACGCUUCCGGCACUGGUGUUGCCAGCGGCAAGCCCUCCGCCUUUACCGGAGCUGCCGUCUCCAACAACAUGAUGUCCGGUGCCGCCGCCGCUGCUGCCGCUCUUGGUUUCGCUGUCCUCCUCUAA